AUGACCGCCGAGGAGGCCAAGGCCGAGGAAAUGGGCGCCCAGGGGGGCGGCGAGGGGGCCGCCGACAUCACCCCCAAGCAGGACGGCGGAGUCCUCAAGAUUGUCAAGAAAGAAGGUGUAGGGACAGAAUCCCCCAUGAUAGGUGAUAAAGUGACAGUCCACUAUACUGGGUGGCUUCUGGAUGGCACACAGUUUGACUCCAGCCGGGACAGAAAGGACAAGUUCUCCUUUGACUUUGGAAAAGGUGAAGUUAUCAAAGCGUGGGACAUUGCUGUGGGAACGAUGACUAUUGGGGAGCUUUGUCGGAUUACUUGCAAACCAGAAUAUGCCUAUGGCUCUGCUGGCAGCCCUCCCAAGAUACCUGCCAAUGCCACGCUGAUUUUUGAGAUUGAGCUCUUUGACUUCAAGGGGAAAGACCUCACUGAUGAUGAAGAUGGUGGAAUAAUCCAAAGAAUCCGGAAGAAGGGAGAAGGCUAUUCCAAACCAAACGAGGGAGCCCUGGUAGAAAUUGAGAUAGAAGGUCGGCACGGAGACAGACUGUUUGACAAGCGGGAGCUGCGAUUUGAAGUGGGAGAGGGGGAAAACUACGACCUUCCCACUGGCCUGGACAAAGCGCUGCAGAACAUGGAGAAGUCAGAGGAGUGUGUGGUGUAUCUCAAGCCCAGCUAUGGUUUUGGAAGCGCUGGAAAAGAGAAGUUUCAGAUCCCACCGGAUGCUGAACUACAGUACGACAUUAGACUGAAAAGCUUUGAAAAGGCUAAGGAAUCCUGGGAGAUGAACACCGAUGAGAAGCUGGAACAAGGCUCCAUGGCCAAGGAGAGGGGCACCCAGUAUUUCAAGGAGGGGAAGUACAAACGGGCAACAUUACAGUAUAAAAAGAUUGUGUUGUGGCUGGAACAUGAAUCGGGCCUCUCUGGUGCAGAGGAGGAAAAGGCCAAAAGCUUGAGGCUUGCUGCCCACCUUAACUUGGCCAUGUGCCACCUGAAGCUGAAAGAAUUCUCCCAGGCCCUGGAGAACUGCAACAAGGCCCUGGAGCUGGAUGGCAGCAAUGAGAAGGGCCUCUUCCGUCGUGGCGAAGCCCAGCUGGCCGUGAAUGACUUUGAGUUGGCCAGAGCAGAUUUCCAGAAGGUGCUGCAGCUCUACCCAAGCAACAAAGCAGCGAAGGCACAGCUCAGCAUCUGUCAGCAGAAAAUACGUGAGCAGCAUGAGAGAGAAAAGAAGAUGUACGCCAACAUGUUUCAGAGGCUUGCAGAUAAAGAAACCAAGCUGGAAGCUGAUACAGUCUGCAAAGAAGGCUCCGACAUGAAAGAUGACAAACAGAAUGGAGUUGAUGAAAAAACAGACGUCGAUGUAGAAGCUUGAGGCCAAGAUCCUCUUCCAUUAGUUUUGUAAAACUAAAGAGUUUCCAGUACACUAGACCUUUAUUUUUCUAUCUGCUUGGACAAGGGGCAGAGAGAUAGUGGGAUCACUUUGCGUCUGUCUGCGUAGGAAAUAUUGUUGGCAGAACAGACCUGGUGUAAUCUUAGGGACUUUUAUUUAUUCCUUUGUGCAUUCUGACUCUGGGGGAGGUCCCUCAGGAUCUCUUCCUCCUUGAGUCCAUUUCCUUCUCACUAGCCCUUCACUCUUGUGCUCGGGUUCCAUCUCAGUCUGAUCUCAAUCCUGCUGCUUCGGUCGGUUCCCUUGACUUUCUUUUUUUUAAUUAGUGGGCUUUUAUCCAUGCAAGAAAAAGUCAUUGUACAGGAGACUUGUGAACGAAGAAAACCACUGUGUCCUUCCUCCUGCUCCAGCCUUGUUCUGUCUUGUUUCCUCUGUCAGUGCAGGCCCUCUUCCUCCCAUGGGCAAGUGUUUACCCUUCUUGUAAUGCCUCCUCCUUUGCACAUUGCUGAAGGCAAAGACUUUGAAGUCCAAAGCUUGAGCAAUAAAGCACCAAAAAAUCCUGAGAA